AUGAGAAUCAAUCCUACUACUUCCGGUCCUGGGGGUUCCGCAGUUGAUAAAGCAACCCCGGGACGUAUCGCUCAAAUCAUCGGCCCGGUACUAGAUGUAGCUUUUCCCCCGGGGAAGAUGCCUAAUAUUUACAAUGCUCUCCUAGUUAAGGGUCAAGACCCCGCCGGUCAAGAAAUUAAUGUGACUUGUGAAGUACAACAAUUAUUAGGAAAUAAUCGAGUUCGGGCUGUAGCUAUGAGUGCUACAGAUGGUUUAAUGAGAGGAAUGGAAGUGAUUGACACGGGAACUGCCCUAAGUGUUCCUGUCGGCGGAGCAACUCUAGGACGAAUUUUCAACGUGCUUGGAGAACCUAUUGAUAAUUUAGGUCCGGUAGAUACUUGCACAACAUCCCCUAUUCAUAGAGCUGCGCCCGCCUUUAUACAGUUAGAUACAAAAUUAUCUAUUUUUGAAACAGGAAUUAAAGUAGUAGAUCUUUUAGCCCCUUAUCGUCGUGGUGGAAAAAUCGGAUUGUUCGGGGGAGCUGGGGUAGGUAAACCAGUACUAAUUAUGGAAUUAAUCAACAACAUUGCGAAAGCUCAUGGGGGUGUAUCCGUCUUUGGCGGAGUAGGCGAACGUACUCGUGAAGGAAAUGAUCUUUACAUGGAAAUGAAAGAAUCUGGUGUAAUUAAUGAAGACAAUAUUGCAGAAUCCAAAGUAGCUCUAGUCUAUGGUCAGAUGAACGAACCGCCGGGAGCUCGUAUGAGAGUUGGAUUGACUGCGCGGUACCCACUGAAACCUUUGUUAGGAAAACCGAGAGGGGAAGCUGUGGCAUUGAUCCGCCAGCUGGAAGCGAAAGAACCUAUCUUUCUUGCCCCUGAGCCUUGA